GCGUUCACGAGACGAACGGUCAUCUUUAAACCCCAGAAAGAAUCUUCUUCCGUUUAGCGCCACGACUCACAGCGAUAGAUAUAUAGUUCCCUGUAUUUAGGUCUGUAUUUUUAGAUAGUUUAGUCAACGGGGAGGUCAAUGACGGGCAAUAUUGAUUAGAUGACACAUUAUGGAUGCCGUCUAAGCAAAACUGGUUGCUUGUUGGUCCUCUGACAGCAACAAAAACAUAGACGAAAAAACCCCGAGCGAACCAAGUAAAGGAAGGCGUUGUUAUUAGCCUGCUAGCUAAGUUAGCUAUCGUUAGCUCCCAGGCUAAAGGUUUGCCUUAAUAACGUAUAUUUCUUCAUUUGUUGCUCGCUUUGCACGUUUAUCCAGCUCGGACUCGACUAUACGUGACUAUAUAGGGUCCUGUCUUGUGCUUUUUUCCGGAGAUGAGCGCAAGAUGUCGGUUUCGGGACUGAAGGCCGAGCUGAAGUUUCUCGAGUCCAUUUUCGACACGAACCACGAACGCUUCAGGAUCAUCGACUGGAAGCCCGAUGAGCUGAGCUGCCAGUUUAAUGUGACCGGAGAGAAGCUGCUUAUUAUCCACUGCAAUAUCACGGAAUCCUAUCCUUCAACGCCCCCGUUAUGGUUCGUGGACUCCGAUGACCCAAGUCUGACCCAAAUUUUGGAGCGCCUUGAGGAUGUAAGAAAAGGCAAUACGCUGCUCCUGCAGCAGCUGAAGAGGCUGAUCUGUGACCUGUGUAGGCUGUAUAAUCUACCUCAGCAUCCUGAUGUAGAGAUGCUGGAUCAGCCUCUCCCCGCUGGCCCUGUCAACCAAGAAAGAAAGCAUGGUACCACUGAUGAAGUAACUUCAGAGGAGGAAGAGGAAGAAGACAUGGGAGAGGACAUAGAGGAGCUGGAUCACUAUGAGAUGAAAGAGGAGGAGCCGGUAGAUGGGAAGAAAUCCGAGGACGACGGCAUCGAGAAAGAGAACCUGGCUAUCCUCGAGAAGAUCCGCAAGAACCAGAGGCAGGACCACUUGAACGUAAGUGCUCAUUCGGGAGCAGUGUCCGGCUCCGUCCAAGCCUCAGAUCGUCUAAUGAAGGAACUUCGUGAGAUUUACAGAUCUCAAAGUUAUAAAUCAGGUAUCUAUUCAGUGGAGCUCGUUAACGAUAGCCUAUACGAGUGGCACGUCAAGCUAAGAACAGUUGAUCCAGACAGCCCUCUGCACAGUGACCUUCAAGUGCUGAAAGAAAAGGAGGGCAUGGAUUACAUCCUUCUCAAUUUCUCAUACAAAGACAACUUUCCCUUCGAUCCGCCGUUUGUACGAGUAGUUUCCCCUGUGCUGUCUGGAGGUUAUGUCCUUGGAGGAGGAGCCCUGUGCAUGGAACUACUCACCAAGCAGGGCUGGAGCAGUGCCUAUUCCAUCGAGUCUGUCAUAAUGCAGAUUAACGCCACUUUAGUCAAAGGAAAAGCCAGAGUGCAAUUUGGAGCCAAUAAGAACCAAUACAAUCUUGCCAGAGCACAGCAGUCUUAUAAAUCACUGGUGCAGAUCCAUGAAAAGAAUGGCUGGUACACACCACCCAAAGAAGAUGGAUAAGAACAACGUCUGGUCAUUCGAAGAAAAAAAACAAGGACAGAAUGUAUCGGAGUCAACAGCUGUUCUUUUAGAAAUGAUUAUUUUUUACCUCCCAUUUUUUUUGUUUUGUUUUUUUUUCCCCCCCUUCUCAUCGUCUUGCUAGUUGGAGAUUCACCGUGUCUGGAUUAUAGACUUCUGAACUGAGUGCUUUUGAAGAGUCAACGGGUAAAACAUAUCCCUCUACCAUGUUCUCUAUACCGCGCGUCACCGCUCAUUCUCUCUUGCUAGUUCUCCGCUACGCUUUCUCUUUGGCUGGAGCGGGAUCGGACACGGCAGAUUUCUUUGAGUGAUGCCCGUGACACCUCUCACAACGCGGAUGGACGGUCCUAUGAUCGGAGACAUCCCGGAUAAACAACGGCACGAUUCCUACACAGACACACAGGCUUUCGGAUAUCCGUGCUUACCCAAACCUCCUUUACCACUUCGAACCGGAACAUUACGGAGGAAAAAGUCGAAGGGAGAGACUAAGUUUGGGUGGAGGAGACUUACGUGAUCAACACUUGUAAUGAAGAAUCCACUUUUUUUCUUUUUCUUUUUUUUUUUUUUUUUAAACAGGGAUGGAGGCUAAACGCCAUCAUAACCCCCCCCCCAUCUUCUUGUUUGUGUUUUGGGGCUUUUUCCAGGUCACACUGAAAAUCUGACCAGGCCCAUUGGACUCGUUCACUGUAAAGUCAUCGAUUUUUUUUUUUUUUUUUGCCGACCUGUAAGUAAAACUUAUAAAGAUGUAUCGCAGAGAUUGAACUUUUGCAUUUCAGACAGGGCCGGAUCGCUUCAAAAACAUGCCUGCAUAGCGCGGGAACGUCCGUCUGAAGAUUUAUCUCGCAAAUAGAUUAAGGAUAAAUUACUUAAUGGAUAUCCUCAUGUUGACAAAAGGAAUAUCUUAAACAUGUUUUAUGUACACGUUAUGACUACUGCUGUUUAUUUUUUUUUUUGUUUGUUUGUUUCGUUUUCCUUGUGAGAAUGGAAGUGAUGUGUGGCUUACGCUGUCAUUAACUGCAAUUGUGACCAUUCCUCUUUAACCAGUGUGAUUCCUGCUGUGUUUAUUACAUCACCAUUAUGUAAAACAUUUUACACACACACACACAUACACACAUAUAUACAUAUGUAUAUAUAUAUAUAUACACACACAUAUAUAUAUAUACAUAUACA